AUGGCUCCCGGAUUCCAUUUCUGGGUCCUGGUCUGCUGGUCAGUGCUAACUAUGGCAGAAGGACAAGAUGUAGUGACCCCUCCUGGUGGCUCGCCAAACAAUGGGAACCCUACAGACUGCCAAAUCUUCACACUUACCCCGCCACCCACAACAGGGAGGCCUACAGUAACAAGGGCCCAACUCAACCCAAGGAUGCCCCUGUGGACUUGGACUUAUUUUCUGCAAAGACCUGGCUUCUACCCGAGGCUUCCUAACAUACCUUUCCGCCUUCCAAACUACAACUACGGCUUCCAGUUAAACCGUUUCUACCUGCCACAAGCUAGGCUGAUUACUGGGAGGUACCUCGGAAGAGGACGGUUCCAGGGCGGAAGCUCAUCUGAGGAAAGCACGGAGAAAUGA